CACGUUGUUUCAAGGAACAGAGUGCAGCUCAGGACACAGGCGGGGUUUCUCUAUCUGCUCUGGAAAGAGGAAGUUUACUCUUCGGGAUUUGUGAAUGAAAGAAGAUGGCUGACAGAAUUACACAAAUGCAAAAAAUGGAGUACAUACUGCUGCUGGUUGUCUGUCUACCUUAUGUUGAUGGUGCAACGCACACCUGGAAUGCCUAUUACACUGCAACAACUGGAUUGAGUCAGUUUCCAGAGUUUGUGGCACAGAAUCUCAUUGAUGGUCAGUUGAUGGGGUACUUUGACAGCAAGACCAACUGCUUUAAGAGCCAAUUUCAGUGGAUGGAAGAUAAACUUGGGACAGCAUAUGAUGAGCAACAAACUAACAUUCUACAGCGCCAUACUGCAAAAUUCAAGAACAACAUUAAAGUUGCAAUAGAGCGCUUCAAUCAAACACAAGGUGUGCACACAUUACAGGAAAUUUACGGUUGUGAGUGGGAUGAUCAGACUGGAAAUUUAAAUGCAUUCAGACAGUAUGGAUAUAAUGGAGAGGAUUUCCUGACUCUGGAUUUUAUGGAGAUGAGAUGGAUUACUCCAGUGCAGCAAGCAAUGAUCACCACACAGAAGUGGAACAAUGACAGAGGCUUCAUUGAAAGUGACAUGAAUUACUUCAGGUCUGAGUGCAUUGAGUGGCUGCAGAAGUACUUGGAGUAUGGAAAGAGCAGCCUGAUGAAAACAGUCUCUCCUCAGGUGUCUGUGCUGCAGAAAUAUUAUUUCUCUCCAGUUGUGUGUCAUGCUACAGGCUUUUACCCCAGUGGAAUAAAGAUCUCCUGGCAGAAAAAUGGACAAGAUCAUGAUGAGGAUGUGGAGCUUGGUGAACUUCUGCCCAAUGCAGAUGGAACCUUCCAGAAGCGCAGCACUCUCAAUGUUAAACCUGAAGAGUGGAAGAACAGCAAGUUCAGCUGUGUGGUGGAGCAUCAGGGGGAAAGAAUUCUGACUGAAGACGAAAUCAGAACUAACAAUCCUUCUGCUACCAUUGGCAUCAUCAUUGGCAUUGUACUUUCUGCUGUCCUACUGCUGUUUAUUGCUGUUGCUGGGUUCGUGGUGUAUUGGAAAAAGAAAGGCUUUAAACCUGUUCCUGCAAAUCCUUCUGACUCAGUUGCUGAAAAAACCAAGAGUCAAACAUCUGUGAACUCUGACAAUGACUCUGGCUGUGGCAGUGGAUCAGACAGUGUUUCACACAAAAGCUCAGACAGUACAUCAGACAUCAGCUCUGUUUGCUCCGACAACAGCUCUGACAGCACCACAGCUUUAUUACCUGAGAACUCUGACAAGAACUCUGGCUGUGAUAGUGGAUCAGACAGUGUUUCACACAAAAGCUCAGACAGUACAUCAGACAUCAGCUCUGUUUGCUCCGACAACAGCUCUGACAGCACCACAGCUUUAUUUUGAAACAGACAAAAAUAUGA